CGCUCAAGUUAGUCAUAUGCUGUCAUGAGACGUUUGUCAACCUCAGUCGCGUUAGACAGCAAGCUACAUCGUAGGAUAACUUAUAUUUCGAAAGAUGAAUCGUUUAACUCUAUGUCUUUGGUUGCUACGUGUGGCAGUUUCUGUGAAAUUUCCCACCGAACAAAUUCAAACAUUCGUCAUCCCUCAUAGUCAUAUGGACGUCGGUUGGGUGUACACUGUAGAGGAGAGCAUGCACGCCUAUGCAAGCAACGUGUAUUCCACCGUUGUUGAGGAGCUGUCACGAGUGAAGAAUCGCACAUUCAUCGCAGUUGAACAGGAGUUCUUCCGUCUUUGGUGGGGAACUGUAGCAUCACAGUGGCACAAGGAUCAGGUACGGCAGCUGAUGCAGGAGGGGCGUCUGGAGUUUAUCAUUGGAGGUCAGGUGAUGCAUGAUGAAGCGGUGACAGAUGUUGACGACGCCAUUCUUCAGCUGACAGAGGGACAUGGCUUUUUGUAUGAAACGUUUGGCGUUAGGCCUCGUUUCUCCUGGCAUGUCGAUCCGUUUGGUGCCUCUGCCACCACUCCUGUCCUCUUCACUCUGGCUGGGUUUGAUGCACACCUGAUCUCUCGCAUUGACUAUGACCUCAAAGAUGACAUGCAGAAGAAAAAGAAAUUACAGUUUGUGUGGAGGGGAUCACCAUCUUUGGGGAAGACCCACGAGAUUUUUACACACACUAUGGAUCAAUAUAGUUACUGCACACCAUCCUUCCUCCCCUUUUCAAACAGGUCAGGGUUUUAUUGGAAUGGAGUUGCUGUUUUUCCUGACCCCCCUAAAGAUGGAGUAUACCCCAAUAUGAGCCUUCCAGUGACUAAGGACACUGUAGAGCCCUAUGCCCAGACUAUGGUGACCAACAUCAAACAGAGAGCCCAGUGGUUCCGAACCAGCCAUGUUCUCUGGCCUUGGGGUUGUGACAAGCAGUUCUACAAUGCUUCAGUGCAGUUUACAAAUAUGGACAUAUUAAUGAACUACAUCAACAAGCAUGGUGAGGAGUUUGGAGUGACAGUUCAGUAUGCCACUCUAAAAGACUACUUCAAAGCCAUUCACCAAUCAAAUCUGACCUGGGAGGUGAGAGGUAGCCAUGACUUCCUUCCUUAUUCCACUGAAUUAUUCCAGGCAUGGACAGGUUUCUAUGCCUCCAGGAAUGUUCUCAAAGGAGUUGCAAGAAGAGCUAGUUCCCUUCUCCAUGCUGCAGAAUCUUUAUUUGUUCAGUACCGGAUCGGGUACCCAGACGGCCCUGUCCAGAAGGAAUUGGCCCUGGACAAGCUUAAGGCCCUCAGAUGGGCUGUGUCUGAGGUUCAACAUCAUGAUGCCAUCACAGGUACAGAAUCACCCAAAGUGGCUGACAUGUACAUGGAGCACCUCACACAAGGUAUGAUAGGAGUGGAAGAACUCUUGGCAGCCAUGUUUCAUCUUCCUCAGAAACCUGGCAUUUUUAGUGCCAACUACAGCUCCAACCCAGAUAACACAGAUUCAUCGCAGGAUGUUGAGCAGCACAUCAUUGUGUACAACCCCCUUGCUUGGAACACUACAACAUACAUCAAUAUUUCUGUAAAAUUUCCAGUGGCACUUGUGUUUGAUGAUAAUGGAAUAGCAGUUCCUGCUCAGAUUCAGCCAUCAGCAACCUCAUCGAAUGAUUAUGACCUUUUCAUUGUGGUUGACCUGGCGGGACUUCAGUACAGAAAAUACCUCAUUCAGUUUCCACAGUCAAAGUGUAACAAGUCGUCCAGCUACGGGCUGACUCAUGUCGCCAGGGUGGUAACUUUUAAGAGACGGCACGUUAGCGAAUGGAAGAAGACUGGUAGAAAGCUCCUGCCAGUGCUAAAUGAGUGCUACAAACUGCUAUUUGACCAGGAGACUAACCUGCUACACAGUAUUACACACAGGCUUGAAAAGAAUUUGGUCAGGAUUCACCAAGAUUUCUGGGAGUAUGAAGCCAACGGAGAAGUCCAUGCUGGGCCAAUUUCAGACAACUAUAUCUUCACAGCCAAUGGCUUUGCUAUUCCUGCUUAUAAAUCUGUUGCCAUGGAGAUAAUACCAGGGAAAAUAAUCUCUGAGAUCCGUCAGUAUUUCUACAGGGAAGAAUCUGAUAGUAACUACACAUAUUCUGUGGUCACGCGAGUUCCAGUGGGUUUCAAAGACAAGUUACUCUGCCAGAGACUAGAUCAGAGCUAUUGGGUAGGGCCCCUAGUGGUGAAUAGAGAAGCUGUAUUCAGAACCACCACAAGUUUAAACAACAACAGGACAGUGUACACGGACAAUAAUGGCUACCAGAUGAUGAAGAGGCAGUACAAGCAGUAUAUAAACAACACAGUGUCUCGAAAUUACUACCCAAUGGUGCGAGGAGCCUAUAUUGAAGAUGACUCCAGCAGACUGAUUCUUCUCAGUGAGAGAGCACAUGGAGUGGCUAGUCUUAACCAGGGCCAAAUAGAGGUGAUGCUUCAUAGGCGGCUGUGGAACAACCAGGAAUGGAAUAGGGGGUAUAAUCUCACCCUCAAUGACUCCUCUGUGGUGCGGCCAAUUCUGUGGAUGAUGCUGGGCUCUCCUGCUGCUGUGGCAUCGCUUUUUCAGCAGGGGGCACUCUGCUUGCAGCACCGACCUGUUGUCUUGCCCAUAGACAAACCACAGAAGCCAUGGAGUCAGAGAGAGAGUUGGAGUAGAUCUGUGAUUUUGCCUCAGAAUCUCCACAUGCAGCUUCUCAGUAUUCCUGGGUGGAGUUACCUCCCCAAGCACAGUGAGCACCUCCAGAAACUCAGCUCAGGGGGAGGAAAAGGGUCUGAAGCAGACUUUGACCGGGUCCUCUUGAGGAUUGCUCACUUGUAUGAGGAAGGAGAAGAUCCUGUCCUGUCCAGACCAAUAACCAUCAAUCUAAAGGAGGUCAUGCAGGGAAUAGGGGAAGUGAAGGCAGUGAAGGAACGCUCCCUCACAGGAACCUGGGAUAUCUCAGAACUCCAGAGGUGGAGCUGGAAGACUGAGAGUAGCAAGAAAGCAGAUAACACCAGUUCUUUCAAAGGCAUGAAGAAAGACUUAAUUGUGACAGUAUUACCUAAGGAGAUCAGAACCUUCUUCAUUUAUUUCAAAUAGAAACACUAGAUUUGAACAUUUUAAUAAUUAACUGCUUCUGUGUAAUCUGGUGGGUUUUUUGUGUAGUUUGGUGUUUUCCUGGCAAAUCCUGGUAACAUUAUUGGACUGAGCAUCUUAAACUGUCCAGCCUUAAAAGAAAAACCUGAAUAUUACAAAAACAAAGCUCAAAAUGAUUGCAAUAGCUGAUGUGAGCCAAGCAGUUGGAGAUGUGCUAGCUCAGAACUCUAAAUAUAAGAGCCAAUCUUAAUCGAAAGUGCAAAUUACUGUUCAUAUUUAUGCACUUUUAUUUUUAAUUGUGGUGCUUGCACUGAGAGUUAUAGGAAGUUACUUAAUAUCUAAAUCUUAUCUAUACCCUCUUUACCAUUGCAGAAUAGCUUUGCAGAAUCUUUUGUCAAAUUUUGAAGUGAGUUAAUCUUUAUUUUUAGCUCUGAAAUCAUUAAAAUAAAAACCUAUUAAAAGUCUUUUGCCAAGUCCAAGAAGGUAACAUUACUGCUAGUUGCAGGUCUUAAUUUGCCACUUUUUCAAAACCAAGUCAUGGUGAAUACUAGUUUUUAGCUGUCUUCUGUGAAGACCAUAAAUGGAUACAUUUUUAUGUUGCUUGAUGUAGGUUUUCAUAAACUACAAAAUCAACCAUGUAACAUUUUUUGUAUGUAUUUAAGAAAAUCUUGAUAUUUCAAUAAAAUAUUUUGAUCAUU